AUGGCAAGCGCUACUGAGGAAGAUGGUGUUGUCCCUCAGGUUUUUUCUGUGGAGAAACAUGAAACUGAGAUCAAGUUAAAUGAAGAUGAAGAAUUUGAUGAUAACCCGAUUGAGGAAGUUCGGCUGACAGUUUCAAUAACUGAUGAUCCCGCAGAGCCAGUUUUAACUUUUAGAACGUGGGUUCUGGGGAUAGCAUCAUGCUGCAUUCUUGCCUUCUUGAACCGAUUUUUCGGGUUCCGCCAAAACCAGUUGAAUAUUGGUUCAGUUUCAGCACAAAUUGUUGUGCUCCCUGUAGGAAAACUGAUGGCUGCAACUCUCCCGAAAACGCCUAUUCGAAUCCCGCUCACACCAUGGUCGUUUUCUUUGAAUCCGGGGCCAUUCACCUUGAAAGAACAUGUAUUGAUCACUAUAUUUGCUAGCUGUGGAUCCGGUGGAGUUUAUGCUGUCCAUAUCAUCACCAUUGUCAAGGCGUUCUACCACAAAAAUCUGCAUCCAGUUGCCGCCUUGUUGCUUGCACAGACUACUCAGUUGCUUGGAUAUGGCUGGGCUGGUUUAUUCAGAAAAUACCUUGUUGAUUCCCCCUACAUGUGGUGGCCAGCGAACCUGGUCCAAGUCUCUCUAUUCAGGGCGUUACAUGACAAAGAUAAGAGACCAAAAGGGGGACUUAGCAGGCUACAAUUCUUUUUCCUGGUUUUUGCAUCAAGCUUUGCUUAUUAUGUCUUUCCAGGAUACAUUUUCCCUUCCCUUUCAGCUCUCUCAUUUGUGUGUUGGAUUUGGAAGGAUUCAAUCACAGCUAAUCAGCUCGGUGCUGGCCUCAAUGGCCUAGGCAUCGGCUCCUUUGGCCUC